AAGUGAAAGAGAAACGUCAAAUUCUGCUAAAACCGAAUCCAAAAAAAAUAAUAAUAAAACAGUUGAGGAAGAAAAGAAAGAAAGAAAGAGAAUGGUGAGAAGAGGGAAACGCAGAAUAUUGGUGGCAUUAGCUGUGGCUAUGUUUCUAGGAAUAACAGUUUAUUUCAGGCUUUGGGCUAUUCAAUACUCUAUCUCUUCUGAUGAUGCUGAGUUAAUCAGGAGACAGUUUGAUCUUGCAAACAAAGAGGCAAUGGAUGAAUCUGCAGAGUGGAGGCUGAGAUUUGAUAAAGAGGUAGAAAAGGCUUCCAAUUAUGCCAAGGAACUGGAAGAGAUCAAGGAGUCUAUUGAAAAGAAGGAAGAUUCCACCAGCUUUGAUAAGAGACUGAAGAUGUUGCAAAAGGACAAUGCUGCUCUACGUGAGCAUGUUGAAAUGUUAAAAACUGAGCUUGAAGCUGAGAAACGGAGGUGUCGUUCAUAGUAGAGAAACGAAAAUUUGCUGAUAUAUUUGGGUUGAGCACAACAUCUCUCAGCUACAUUGCUUGCUACUAAUCGGUUGGGAAUCUGCAGCUUCCCAAGUAAUUCAGUAUGUGUUCAUGGACUUUGAAGUUGUUCUCUCCCUAUGCAUGAUUAAGGCCUCAAAUUCUCUUUUUUUCCUUAGAUGGUGGGUUGGGACUAGGAUUGGUUUCUUGACAGCUUGUUGAUA